AGGUCCUAGUGUGCGACGACAUGUUGGGCAUGCACGGCCGCCCGCCCUCCUUUGCCAAGAUGUUCGCCGAUGUUGGCAAAGCCUCGACGUUGGCUUAUGCAAAUUAUGUGGAGGAGGUCCGCAGUGGCCAAUUUCCUGGCGAGAUGUAUUCUCGGCGAAUGCCGGAAGAGGAGCUGGAGAAGCUCCGAGAGCUUCUGCCGGAGGUGCAGUUGGCGAAGCGGGCUGUUCAGGAAACAGCUACGGAAGCGCCAGCUGUCAAUGGCCAUGGACCAAACGGGGUAUCCUUACCGUCUCGCAUGCAAGGCACUUUUGGCUUUGAACUUCUGCAAGGGCGACUGGUGCCGGUGCACGCUGGCGCCCGCUUGGCCAAACGAGCCAUUUCCCAGGCAGCUGGCGCUGGCACAAGGACAGAGCUUCAGCAGCUGUGCACGAAGGAGGAACUCUUUGAAUGGCGACGUCGUGCUACGGAACAGGGCCGCCGUGUGGCGUUUGUGCCCACCAUGGGCAACCUGCACGAGGGCCAUUUGGAGCUUGUGGAUGCCGCGCUGGAAAAAGCGGACGAGGUGCUGGUCUCCAUCUUCGUCAACCCAUCGCAGUUUGCGGCACACGAGGAUUUGGAUACAUACCCACGUACCCUCGAAGAGGACCUGCAGAAGCUGCGCGCGAGGGGGGCAACGGCGCUGUUCACGCCAAGCUCAAUGGAUCUGUAUCCAAGCGGGAUUCCAGGAAGCACAGUGGUUGUACCAAGCUUCGUGGAGGGCAAGAGCGAGGCGGCAGAUCGCCCACAUUUUUUCACCGGUGUGGCAACCGUGUGUCUGAAGUUCUUCAAUCUUGUUCAACCUGAUGUGGCAAUUUUCGGGCAGAAGGAUGCGAUGCAGUGUGUGGUCAUUGCACGCAUGCUCGAGGACUUAAUGCUCAAUGAUCGUAUUGCUUUGCACGUGAUGCCAACCUCCCGUGAUCCCGACGGGUUAGCUCGUUCCUCGCGGAACUCCUACCUGUCACCGAGCAUGCGCCAAAAGGCGCCUGCCAUCUACCGAGCGCUGUGUGCCGCAACCAGAGGCGGAGCCACGCCUGGCUCGGUCCGGAGGUCGGUGCGCAAGGACUUGGAGAGUCAAGGCUUGGAGGUGAGCUACAUUUCGGUGGCAGACACGAAAUUCAUGAACGAGAAGGAUGAUGAGGCGGACCUCGGCAACUCCGUGGUGAGCAUUUGCUGCGUGAUGAAGGAGGAGGGCCAUCGCACCUGCCGCCUUCUGGACAAUAUCUUGGUGCCGGCGAGUUGAGCCCCGGCGCGGUUGAUAUAGAUACUCUUGCAUGCGUCGUUGCAAAAGGCUGGCGCUCUCGGAGCGGAUUUUUGUGUUUUUAUUUUCCACGGCCGUGCAGUCGGGUGCCGUCCGCCGCAUCAGAAGAUGAGUGGAGAGUUGGGUGGACUCGGUUC